GCUGUUAAUUUAAAAAAGGAAUAUUCUAAUCAAAUUAUUGGCUCUUAAGCGUUUUAAUUUUCAAGGUUAAUUUUUUUAGUUAAAUUCUGAUCUUUUCUGAUUGUAGAACAUGUCCAGUUGUGUAUGUGAAUAAAUUUUUUCGACUAUCGAACAUGUUUUGACAAAGCUAUAAUCAUAUUAUGAAACAAUUCAUGUUUUACUAUACACGGUUUCAUGAGUUAAAAUUAUAAUAUGAUUAUAACUUUGUCAAAACAUGUUCGAUAGUCGAAAAAAUUUAUUCACAUACACAACUGGACAUGUUCUACAAUCAGAAAAGAUCAGAAUUUGAUUUAAAAAAAAUUAACCUUGAAAAACCGGUUUUGCAGAAAACUGAGUUUUAAAGAACCUAGCUGCCGCUCUCAUGCUCAUAUUCGGAAUCAGCAUCAUUAAUUACCUAUACUCCCAUGUCUUUCAUCUAAAAAGCGAAGCAAAACUUGAAACUGUUCUCUCGUUAGAUAUGAAAUUCGAUUGGAAGUGCACCAAUUCUGGAUGUCGUCUUGUUAAAUAUACCUUAUUCAUAUUUAUUUAGAUCAAAAUACUCGAUCAUCUCUACUACAAGAACAUCAAUUAAUUUCAAAAAUGAUCGAUUCUCUAAUGCCACCGAAAUAUGCUAAAGAUAUCACCAAAGAUUUUGAUUUUUUUCGUCAACGUAUUCAAAAUAUCAGCUCGCAGCCAUCCUCACCGUCAAUAGAACAAAAUCAACAGCCAAAUGGAAAUAGUGAAUCAGCUGUCCUUCGACCGUUACAUAUGGACAGAAUGGAAAAUGUUUCAAUAUUAUUCGCGGAUAUUGUCGGUUUUACCAGUAUGUCAUCGAAUAAAACAGCUGAUCAAUUAGUUCGUCUUUUAGCUGAUUUGUAUGGAAGAUUUGAUGAUUUAUGCCUUCGGAUGAAUUGUGAGAAGAUUGCUACAUUAGGUGAUUGUUACUAUUGUGUAAGUGGAUGUCCCGAGCCUCAGCGAGAUCAUGCGAAAUGUUGUAUCGAAAUGGGAUUGUCUAUGAUAAAUGCCAUCGAAGAAUUUGAUCAAGAUAAUAAUGAAAGUGUCGACAUGAGAGUGGGAGUGCAUUCAGGAUCGGUGAAUUGUGGGAUUAUUGGAACGAAAAAAUUUAAAUUUGAUAUAUUUUCGAAUGAUGUUACUCUGGCAAACAAAAUGGAGUCAUCUGGCAAACCCGGUUACGUUCAUUUAACAGAAUCAACCUAUAAAUUACUAGAAAAUAAUUAUAAUGCUGAACCAGGAGAACCAUAUCAGUUAUACAAUCAUGCUGUUGUGUCAACUUAUUUUAUAAAAAAACGUCAACUAGAUCAUCGGAUAACACGAAAACCUCCACCAAUGACUGCUGCAACAGCCGCAGCUAUUGCGGUUGCAUCUGGUGUAUCAAAUAUUGCUGUUCCAUUGAUUGAGUCAGCCCAAAUAAAUCAAGAACAAAUAGCGGAUGGUCAACAAAAUGUGACAAGUCCAUUAUUAGAAGAAGUAAAUCGUGCUCGGUCAAAUACAUUGACUGACAACACUCUACCUGCUCCGUUAAUUGAUAAUGAAUCUUCGACAGUGUCAAAUGAUGCACAAUUAACAACAGUUAUUGUUCAGCCAGAGAAAACUGGACGAAGUUUAACCAUGUGUUCUUUGAAUGCUGGUGAGGGAAUAACAUCCGAUGGAUUUAUAGAUCAGUCUCAAUUGAUGCAAACUUUACAUAUUCCCAUGUCAUCAAUAACACUUUGUUUUACGGACAAAGAAUUAGAAAAGUCCUAUGCUGAACAAAAUAUUGGACGAAAAUCGGUUGAACAAUCACAACAUAGAUAUAUGGUGUUAAAUGAAUUUAAUUUUUAUGAAUUUUUUCUUCAUAUUUUAUUAGCUACUAUUUUAGUCCAUUUAAUUAGUCGUCAUUUAGAAUUAAAACAUCGUGAAUUAUUCUAUAUUGAUUAUAAAUCUAAUGAACAGCAUUUAGAAAUGGUUAAAGAACGUGAACGAGCUGAUUGGUUAUUGAGAAAUAUUCUUCCAGAACAUGUCAUUGAACCAUUGAGACUUAAAGGUGGUACAUAUUCAAAAAAUCAUGAAUGUGUUGGAGUAAUGUUUGCUACAUUAAUAAAUUUUCAUGUUAUGUACGAAGAACAAUUUGAAGGUGGAAGAUUUUAUUCUCGAGUACUUAAUGAAUUUUAUGGAGAUAUUGAAGAAUUAUUUUUAAGUAAACGUUUUGAACGAAUUGAAAAAAUAAAAACAAUUGGUUCAACGUAUAUGGCUGCAAGUGGCCUUCAAGGUGAAUCAGGUAAUAGUCUGGAACCGGUAUACAAUCUGAUGGAGUUUGCUUUACAAUUUCAAGAGACAAUGCAAUCAUUUAAUAAAGCUUUACUCUAUUUUGUUUUUGAACUUCGAAUCGGAUUCAAUUAUGGACCGGUAACUGCUGGCGUUAUUGGAACAACAAAACUAUUUUAUGACAUAUGGGGUGAUACGGUGAAUGUUGCUUCGAGAAUGGAUUCAACAGGACAAGCAAAUUUCAUUCAAGUACCAGAACAUGUUGCUCAAACAUUGAGUGAUCGAUAUACAUUUGAAUUAAGAGGAGAAGUAGAUGUAAAGGGAAAAAAUAAAAUGAAAACAUAUUUUGUUACCGGAAAACGAUAA